AUGUACCUCUCCUCAGCGCUGGUCGCCACCAGUGCCUUCGCCCUCCAUACCGCAGCCUUCCUUAUACCACUCGAGGUCUCCAAUGCCGUUGAGCUUGGUAGGCCCCCCUUCCUCAAUGGUCCUAGCGAAUUCGAACUCGAUUGCCCUGGAUGUCCUUUCUUUGGCGUCGAGGACACAGCAGAAGUACAAUAUGAUAUCGAGAACAAGAUUCUACUUGACUUCGCUCUAGAUACCACCGACGGCUUGACCAUCAAUGGGGAUGCUCUUCCCACCCCUUUCUCAAAAGAUCCCGUGCUCUCAUUCCGCCUUACCGCCCCUCAAAUUCGAGUGCAAGAUGGACAAAAAACAUCACCCCUCCAUCUGGACUUCGCUUGGGCAGAGCGAGAGCUUAGCCCUUCCAAUCGCAUGCCUAAACAUGGCCAUGGAUUUUCCAUGUUCCAAUUUGAACUGACCAUUACUGCCCUCAAUGGACAUCCAGUCAAGGUCGACACUGUUCUUGUUCACGUCCUGCGUCUCUUCAACAAGAAAACGAAAAUUGUCAAGAUCUCUACAAUCCCCUUCAACGAUACUCCUGGAGCCACCACUUGUGAUACUUCCUCCAAGUGGUCGAUUUGCCGCAUCCGAGCCAUAAUCGCUGCUCGUAUCCAGGCUAUGCUCAAUGCUGCUAAAACACACACCCAAGCCGCCAAAGGAUGGGUCAAGGGUCAAGGCAAAGGCUGCCCCGGCAAAUUUGGUCAUCCAGGAGGUCAUAGAGGUGGCCCACCAUUCAUGCACCAUGAACACGGCCAGGCGAGUCAGGGAGGACACCAUUAUCACCACAAUCACAAUGCUCACAGGUUCGGCCGCUUGCUUCAUCAAGUCCUCCGAUUCUUCGUUAUUCCCGCUCUUCUUGGGGUCAUUGGAGGUUUGAUGGCAAGUGCAAUUGGCAUGCUCGUUGGUCAAUUUCUUGUCUUCUUAUGGAUCCGUUUCCACCGUGGUGGUCGUCGAGGAAAUGUCCGUGCCGUCGAAAUCGUCAUUGAAGAUGAUGAGAAAGACGCAUUGAUCAUCGACGGUGAAAUUAAUCCUCCUCAAUAUGAAGAUGUUGAGGCCUCUGUCGAUGAGGGCGAAAAGAAGUGA